AUACCCGCCGCGCCACUUAGAAAUACAGACUGGAUUUUGUUGUGAUCGAAUGGAAUAUAUUAAAAGUAGGUGUGUUUUAUGUUACGGUGCAAACGUGAAACGAGCUACCGAAGACCGCGACAAAUCGCUGACAAAAUAGCGCGGUCGUGACAGUUAUCGGUCGCCCGUUUAGUUAGAAGCAAGCCCUUAUUUUUUUUUUUCAGUUGGUGAAAAUUUAAAUUGGAUUCCAAUCGAACGUUCAAGAUUUCCAAUUAUUUCACAAGAUUGUGACAUUGUUAUUAUUUAACUUGUUUAAUAAUAAACCGGACUUAUUAGCAUACUAGCCGCCGGUAAACAAGUGAUAAUAUUCCACGACAGCACAGAGACGGUCGUGUUAUCUGAAAUGGCAGAAUUAAAGUAUCUAUCAGGCUUCGGGUCAGAGUUUAGCAGCGAGGAUCCGCGCAGGCCCGGGUCUCUGCCCCAGGGCCAGAACAACCCGCAGCGCUGCCCAUACGGCCUGUACGCGGAGCAACUGUCUGGUACCGCCUUCACCGCGCCCAGACAUGAGAAUAGACGGUCGUGGUUGUACAGGAUUCGUCCAUCCGUUAUCCACGAGCCAUUCAAAAGAACGAAUUCUGCUAAAUUCUUGACACAUAACUGGGACGAAGUUGAUCCCGACCCUAAUCAGACACGCUGGCUGCCCUUCGACAUCCCAUCAGCAUUUACGGACUUCGUGUCUGGUCUUCACACGGUGUGCGGCGCCGGCGACCCGCGCGCACGACAUGGGAUUGCCAUCCACGUGUUCCUCUGUAACGCACCCAUGGAGAAAUCUGCGUUUUAUAAUAGCGACGGGGAUUUCUUAAUAGUGCCCCAACAAGGCACUCUCCAAAUAACGACGGAGUUCGGCAAGAUGGAGGUGCGACCUAACGAAAUAGCCGUUAUCCAGCAGGGCAUGCGGUUCGCCGUACAUGUUGAUGGGCCUACCAGAGGCUACAUCCUGGAGGUGUUCGACGGUCACUUCAAGCUGCCGGACCUCGGUCCCAUCGGCGCCAACGGCCUCGCCAACCCGCGCGACUUCCUCACGCCUGUCGCGCAUUAUGCCGAUGAGGAGAUACCUGGCUUCAAAAUCUUCAGCAAAUAUCAGGGCGCGGUGUUCGAAGCGGUCCAAAACCACUCGCCCUUCGACGUGGUGGCGUGGCACGGCAACUACGUGCCAUACAAGUACUGCCUCGACAACUUUAUGGUCAUCAACUCUGUGUCUUUCGAUCAUUGCGACCCGUCAAUAUUCACGGUGCUGACGUGUCCGUCGACGAAGGCCGGCGUAGCGAUCGCGGAUUUUGUCAUCUUCCCGCCGCGUUGGUCCGUCCAGGAGCACACCUUCCGACCGCCGUAUUACCACAGGAACUGCAUGAGCGAGUUCAUGGGCCUCAUACUGGGUAACUACGAGGCGAAGGAGGAGGGCUUCGCCCCCGGGGGCGCGACCCUGCACUCCGCGAUGACGCCGCACGGCCCCGACAGUAAAUGCUUCAACGCGGCCUCCACUGCCAAGUUGGAUGCGGAGAAGAUCGCUGUUGGCACUCAGGCGUUCAUGUUCGAGUCGUCCCUCAGUAUGGCGAUGACGAAGUGGGGCGCCGAGACCUGUCAGAAGGUGGACCACAAAUACUACGAGUGCUGGAAAAACCUGCCCAAGCUGUUCUCUGAUGAAGUCAACGUUUAGUGUUAUUUUAAUAUACGAGAUGUUUUAUUUACUUACGGCUGUACUCAGAGAGGUGCAAACUUAACCGUAACUUGAUGAAGAUUUUGACAUAAAUUCCUUUAAGUUAUGUUUUAAAAGUUCUAACACCGCCCGCGUAAGUAAAAAAUAACAACUCAGGAGAUACAAAACAAUUGCAUGAUUUUGUAUGGAUACCAUUCUAAAGCAGGUUUACUGUUUAAUUAUUUUAGGAGUUUUUGUUAAGCGGUACGUGUUCCUUAUAA